CCCCCGUCUGGCUCCCAGUGUGGGGGAGGGAGGACAAGAGGCGUUUGGAACGUGCCACUCUCGGAGAGAGGGGGGGGAUUUUCGUGCUCCGCUAGCGUUUCUAUCCCUUCUAUUCUCCGACCGAUCCGUUAGUUCCCCCCCACCGAGAUCCAGAGCCCCACGCCGCCGCCACGCUCCUUCCCUGCAGUGUGGCCCGGCCCCUCGAACCCAGCUCUGGACUGAGUUGUCCCCUCCGCCGCCGGAGCGGGGCGCUGCGCCACUUGGUGGGGCCGGAAAUUCCCGCGGCCUGAGUGGAGGAGCCGAAGCCGAGAGCGCGGCGCCGCCUUCCACCUCCCCGGGACGGGCGGGGGCGCUGGGCCCAGCGAGGGCUGGGCUGCCUGAGUGGGGGCGGGGGGCCGCGUCUGCUAGGAGCUGCGGCGCCGGCGGGCGGGGAGCCGGACGACGCUGCUGUUCGAGAGCCGCUCGGCGAGCUAGGAGACCCUGCGCCCCAGCUCUAGGGCCCCCGCCCCCUUGCGGUCUCCGCCUCCUUCCCUCACACACCCCCCGGGCCGUCCGAGCCCCAGGCCUUCCCGGCGCUCCUCCUCCUUCUCUUCACACUCGCCCUCCGACCCGGGUCCUCCAGCCGCCCGCCGGCCUUGCUCCCUGCCGGGGGAGUUCUCGUUCUCAGGCUCUCCUUACACACACAGACUCGCUUGCGGGGCCUCCCCUCCUCACGGCCCUCCACCUCCUCGUCCUAGCUGACGCCGCCGUCGGGGGAGGAUUGAUGUCCCUUCAGCAUCAUGCAGCCGCCGCCGAGGAAGGUGAAAGUUACACAAGAACUGAAAAACACUCAAGUUGAGCAGAUGACAAAACUUCAAGCCAAACAUCAAGCAGAAUGUGAUUUGCUUGAAGAUAUGAGGACAUUCAGUCAGAAGAAGGCUGCUAUUGAAAGAGAGUAUGCACAGGGUAUCCAGAAGUUGGCUAGUCAAUAUCUGAAGAGAGAUUGGCCUGGAAUAAAAACUGAUGAUCGGAAUGAUUACAGGAGCAUGUAUCCUGUUUGGAAAUCUUUUCUUGAGGGAACAAUGCAGGUAGCCCAGUCUCGGAUCAAUAUAUGUGAAAACUAUAAAAACUUCAUUUCUGAGCCUGCAAGGACAGUGAGAAGCUUAAAAGAACAACAACUAAAAAGGUGUGUGGACCAGUUGACGAAGAUCCAAACUGAAUUACAAGAGACGGUGAAAGAUUUAGCUAAAGGCAAAAAGAAGUACUUUGAGACUGAACAGAUGGCUCAUGCAGUACGGGAGAAAGCUGACAUCGAGGCAAAAUCUAAACUUAGUCUUUUUCAAUCAAGAAUCAGUUUACAGAAGGCGAGUGUAAAGUUAAAAGCCCGGCGAUCUGAAUGUAAUUCCAAAGCUACCCACGCAAGGAAUGAUUAUCUUCUUACAUUAGCAGCAGCAAAUGCACACCAGGAUCGCUACUAUCAAACAGACUUAGUUAACAUUAUGAAGGCUCUUGAUGGAAAUGUGUAUGAUCACCUGAAGGAUUAUUUAAUAGCCUUCAGCCGGACUGAGCUAGAGACAUGCCAAGCUGUGCAGAACACAUUCCAGUUUUUAUUAGAAACCUCCAGCAAGGUCGUACGGGACUAUAAUCUUCAGCUGUUUUUACAAGAGAAUGCUGUAUUUCACAAACCCCAGCCCUUCCAGUUCCAGCCCUGCGACAGUGAUACUAGCCGACAAUUAGAAUCAGAAACUGGAACCACAGAGGAGCACAGUCUAAACAAGGAGGCUCGAAAAUGGGCUACACGUGUGGCACGUGAGCACAAAAACAUUGUUCACCAACAACGGGUACUAGAUGAUCUGGAAUGUCAUGGAGUUGCAGUAUCAGAACAAAGCCGAGCAGAGUUGGAACAGAAAAUAGAUGAAGCUAGAGAAAAUAUUCGUAAAGCAGAGAUAAUUAAGUUGAAAGCUGAAGCCCGGCUGGACCUGCUAAAGCAGAUCGGUGUUUCUGUGGACACGUGGCUAAAGAGUGCAAUGAAUCAAGUAAUGGAAGAACUGGAAAAUGAACGAUGGGCUCGCCUUCCUGCAGUGACCAAUAAUGGCACUUUACACUCGCUUAAUGCAGACCCCGAAAGAGAAGAAGGAGAAGAGUUUGAAGACAACAUGGAUGUUUUUGACGAUAGCAGUUCCAGCCCUUCUGGCACCUUAAGAAAUUAUCCACUCACCUGCAAAGUUGUUUAUUCCUACAAGGCUUCUCAACCAGAUGAGUUGACCAUUGAGGAACAUGAGGUGUUAGAAGUGAUUGAAGAUGGAGAUAUGGAAGACUGGGUAAAGGCUCGAAAUAAAGUUGGCCAAGUGGGUUAUGUGCCAGAAAAGUACCUACAGUUUCCCACCUCGAACAGUCUACUGAGCAUGCUGCAGUCCUUGGCUGCUUUGGACAGUCGGUCACACACAUCCAGCAAUUCCACGGAGGCCGAGCUCGUUUCAGGCAGCCUCAACGGAGAUGCCAGUGUCUGUUUCGUGAAAGCACUUUAUGACUAUGAGGGCCAAACAGAUGAUGAGUUAUCCUUUCCUGAGGGGGCAAUCAUCCGAAUCCUGAACAAAGAAAACCAGGAUGACGAUGGCUUCUGGGAAGGGGAAUUCAGUGGGCGGAUUGGAGUCUUCCCAUCGGUGCUAGUGGAAGAACUUUCAGCCUCAGAAAAUGGUGACACUCCGUGGAUGAGAGAGAUUCAGAUCUCUCCUUCUCCCAAGCCACCAGGCUCCCUGCCUCCACUGCCGCUGUAUGACCAGCCUCCCAGCAGCCCUUACCCCAGCCCCGAUAAGAGGAGCUCCCAGUACUUCCCACGCUCUCCCUCAGCAAAUGAAAACAGCUUCCAUACUGAAUCGCCGGGUUGCUCACAGGCACCAAGGCAUACUCCUGAGACCUCAUAUGGCAAACUGCGACCCGUCCGGGCAGCUCCCCCUCCACCUACACAGAACCACCGAAGGCCAGCAGAGAAGAUUGAGGAUGUGGAAAUCACACUGGUGUGAUGAUGGGUUUGCCCAUCCAUUACUGCUACAAUCAAGGCCAGGCUUGGUGUUUGGCCACUCUUGUUUUUUAGGCACCUUUGCAUGAUGAUGACUCUUGAACGGAGCAAAAACAAGGAGGAUUAUGUGAACGGGUGGCCUGGUGGACUCCUCCCACGUUUUGAAUAUUUUGUGCCUUUUUUUGUUGUCAUUUUCUAUGUCAUCUCUCCUACCAUAGCACAAAUCCUAGCGGGCCCCAGAAGCAGAGGAGGACAGCCCUCAUGCCUAACAGUGGUCCAUUUUUAUAUGAGACUCAAGACCAGGACUCACUCAGGGCACGGUCACAGAGAAACUGAUCAUGUGAACUCGUACAGUAUAUUACUGUGGCCACAAGGAUGUGGCAAAGAUCCUCAUCUUUCUUCAAGUGGCUUUUGCUCGUCUGAUUGAGUUUAAUCAGAUCAUGUUGGCUACGUAAGGAAUUAGAAGGAGGGAUUUCAGGAGAGGCUGGCUCCUCCCCACAGUUAGUCCCCAGACCGAGAAAAGUGAAACCUUAUUGGAAAAAAGUGGACUGCCCUGAGUUUAUCGCCAAUUUCAUUAAUGCACAUCUCUUCCACAACUAACAGAUUUAAAACAGUAACAGUGUCCUUUGUAUUAAUAUUUAUGGCAUUCAUUUAGUAUUAGUGGAGCUAAUAUGGAGGGGCUGAACUAAUAGCCAAAUCUUGUCCAUCACAUAGACUUAAUAGAAAGGAGGCUGCGGCUGAAGCAGAAAUGGAACUUCCAGAUCUGAAAUGAGCCGAUUUAAUGUUCUUUUUGUAUUUGGGUAUUUUUCAUCUUAAUUUUUGCAGCAUAUAUUCUUCUGACCAGUACCUUUAGAAUCUGAGUGUCUAGGUAAAUUGGGGACACAUACUUGCCUUGUUGAGCUUCUCUGCUAGGGAGGCCCCUCGCGUCAUUUUAUUCCCAAACCAGUGCACGAGUCCUGACAGCCAGCCUGUGGCUGCUCUAGACCGGUGGCCACCCCCCACGAAAGUGCAGCUUCCCAGGUCCCACUGACCUGACAUAUUUCCUUAGGAGGAACAACCUGUGGCUCAUGGAAACCAGCUUCUCAUGGAAAAGGACUAAAGGGUUGCACACCCUGCACAAGUGCAAACUGAUAAGGAAAAGACAAGUUCUCCAUGUCGCAAGGAGAGCCAAGAGUAGCUUUCUCCGCAGGCUAGCAAGCUCACGGUGGCAGGUGGCCCAGGGUAGGGCUCUGUCGGCUCUCCACCUCCUGUGGAAGAUAGGGAGUGCCGAACCUAGGGACGAAGGGAUUUUGCCAGUUGGUUUGUUUUUGUUUUUUGUUUAAGAAAUCAGAUUUGCAGAAUUUAAUCUAAAAGUUGUAUUAUGCUUUGAAAACUCCAUCCUCCUAAGAAUCUUUAAAACUUGAAAUGCUCGCCAAAUGUCCCCAUGGGA